UUGGAAUGUUAUGAGAUGAAAGUUGGGAGAGUAGCCCCUCGUUUUGGUGCACUCUGUCUCUGUCCAUAUUCUUACUGCGCUAUUUUAAGCAAAUACUGUCCUCCGACAUCUUCGUUGGGAACUCCGAGCCUCAUGGAACGUUUUCCUCUUCCUCUCUCCUCUCAAACAAACUUUCUCUCCCCUCUCAACAUAAACCAAACUCCAACUCCCUUUUUUCUCUUUUGGGUUCCUCCAACCCUACCCCAAAACCUUGCAUUCCCCGUUCAACAUUCUUCAAACCUCUUUUCUUCACUACAUGGACAAACAAAAAGGGUUGAAAUUCUUAAGUUCCUUUAUGGAACUAGGAUGCAGGCAUGUAUACAAGAAAUAGUAUGUGAUCAUGGUGAUAUCAAUGGCGGUGGAGAACAUUCCUGUUCUUUGAAUGAUUGUUAAUGGAAGGAUUGUGUAGAAUACCCUGAAAAUUUGUUGGUUCUCCAUCAUAAGUAUACAAGUUUCUGUGCCGACUUUAAUUGUUCUCCAUCAUAAUUGUUUUUCUGAAUAUGUGGUUAAGACAGGGGUCGAUGUCAUAUGAGAAAUUGUGAACUCUUUUGUGUUAGAUAAGUUGUUUGCUGGAAUAUUAAGGAUAGAGGAUUUAUCUAUUUGACUUUGUGUUUCGAAGUUAAACGUGGAUAGAUGUCGAGAAUUCAAUGCUCUAGUGCAAAAAGUGGUUAUAUGAAACUAACUAUAUGAUCAUUCACCAUGAACAAUGAGGGUCCCGGCAUUUCAGGCAAGCAUUAUAUAGAUGCAUUGAGUGUUGGUUUUAGUGACAAAAUCUCUUCUGAUAAUGAUGUAGACAAUGUAUGUCUACAGACGGGUGAAGAGUUUUCGUCCGAGUUCUUACGUGAUCGGGUUGCCUUAAGGAGAUUUCCUAUCAUAAGUGAUGCAGACCAGCAUCUGCCAAAAAGGUUGGAUCUUAAUAUUAAAGAUAAUAAUUAUGAGCUGGUUUAUGAGGAUCUAAAGCAGGUUUUGGGGCUAAGGAGAACAGAUUCUGAUAAUAACUCAGAUUUGUCCGAUGUUGCUUUAGCCAGAGGAUAUGCUACUGAAAUUGACAACAGGGCUUACCCUAAUAAUUUGAACAGAUACCAUCGUGAACUUGGUGGUUUCAGACAAGCUUCCGAUACAUUUUCCAAUCAAGUAUCAAGUAAAUUUUCUGAGGGAAAUGGUUGUGAGCAAGUUAAUUCGGGAUCAAAUACUCCAUCUAUUUAUGUCAUUGAGUCUCCUCAUUCAUGCCGUCCUCAUGGAUCAGUAUUGUCAGAUGGUUCUUUCUAUAAGAAGAUAAAGUUUUUGUGUAGUUUUGGAGGUAGAAUACUACCAAGGCCAAAUGACGGGAAGCUCAGAUAUGUGGGUGGAGAGACGCGGAUAAUUUCAAUCAGGAAGAACAUCACGUGGGAGGAACUUAUGAAGAAGACUGCUGCUAUUUGCAGUCAAACUCACGUUAUAAAAUACCAACUUCCUGGGGAGGAUCUUGAUGCUCUUAUAUCUGUUUGUUCAAAUGAGGAUCUUCAUCACAUGAUCGAGGAGUAUGAAGAACUUGAAAGAGCUGGAGGCUCUCAACGAUUGAGGAUUUUUCUCAUACCUUCAAAUGAAUGUGAGAGUCCAAGUUCUAAUGAAGCAAGAGUCAAUCAGCCAAGUGAUGCAGAUUAUCAUUAUGUUGUUGCUGUUAAUGGCAUGCUGGAUCCAAGCCUGCGAAAGAACUCCAAUGGGCCAAGUUUGGCAUGCCAUACUAGCCAGUUUGGAAAUACAUCUGAUUACAACAGUCUACAUUUCCAUAGAGAAUCAUCUACAUCUACAUUUGCUUCAGAGAUGAAGGAUUGCUCCCCAACCUCUCCAAAUUUGGCAGGUAUACUCUCAAAACCUGGUCCUCAGUUUUUAACAGCCCUGAAGGUAGCAGGCAAGUCAUUCAAUCAAAUGCCUCAUUUAUCUCCCAUUUUCGAACAGUCCAAAGAUCCCAAUUUACAGAUAUUUAUAGACAAACCACAUAAUGCUAUUAAUGAAAGCAUUAAUCCCUUUGUCGUGGAAGAAGUUCCACGUGACAAACCUUUGUACGAAGACAACACCAAUUAUGUUGAUCCAGUUGCAUACUAUAAAAAUUUUGCACAAGGGCCUACAUGUGUGAAUUACCAACCUAAUAAUCAAAAUAUAGUGGAGUCUGACCAGAUCAGGAAGCCUAAUGAGAAUCUUCAUCUUCACAGACGGAUCAAAAGUAAUGAGUUAGUCUCUUCUGCAGUAUGUAAUCUAACUAAUAUAAAUUUUGAGAGACCUUUGGUUACCAAUGAAGGUUCGUAUCAUUUUAACAAGAUUCUCUCUCAUCAUCAUGAGUCAUCAAGUUUAUUCUCAGAGUCUGAUUUUGGAGAGGGAUCUUGUUACAGAAUGUUGCAUGCCUGUUCUAAUUCGACACUUAAGGAGAAUGAUGAGAACUAUAAAGCUCCCUUGCAAUUUCCUCUUGGUGUAAAGAGAGACAACUUGCCAUCACCAAAAAAUUCAAGUUCUUUAGAAGAAUGUUCCUUACAGCCUGGAGAGAUAAUUGAUAGGAAAGAACACUUGUCUAAGUAUCAAAAUUUUCCCAUUUUCGGAAGGACCGAUAGUUAUAAGAGAGUGUCAGAAAUCGCUAAAGAGAGGUUGCAACGUGCAGAUAAAAGCAAUGAUUUCUUUGAUGAAAAUAUUGGAGCUAUGUCACAAGACAAUGCCAUAGAUUUAAAACACAUACAGUACAUCUACUCCCCACAUGGUGUUUGCUCAUCUUCACCAGAUUUACAAAACAGUGAAUGCGAUGUAUCUACUGCAUCAUUUAUCCCUUUAGAAUCCCCAAGAAACCCGAGGGGGCAACCACAUGGUCUACCAUUAGACAGAACUACUUCUGAGUUAUCCAUGAGGAGCCAAAAAUCAUCCAUUCAUCACAGGUAUUCUAUGUCAGAGACAAAAGACAGUCAAUCACUUCUCCCUGGUUCUUUUGAGUUACGACAUAUUGAAUCCCUUACUGACAAAGAAUCCACACUACCUAUCUCAUAUAUGGACAUGGACUUUUCUUCCUUAAGGGAGGUUGUUAUCCCUGUUGAAGAUCCUGCAUACUACCUGCAUGAAAAGGGAGAAAACACAGUCACUAAGAAUCAGUCUUCAGAAUAUAUCACUGAAUUUCGUGUUAACAAGCUAGUGCCAGAAUCAGUGACUGUUUUCAAGGGACCAAUGGAUAUUUCUUCAGGUAUCCAGUCAUCCUUAAAAGUUGUCCCAAAUGUAGUUGAAGAGGCUGAAGUUGAACCUACAUAUCCUGAAAAGAAAGGGAUAGAAUGUGAUAAUCCAGAAUCUGAAAGUAAGCAUGCAAAAUCUGAUAGUGGAAACUUCAAUGAGCUUACUGGUGGUAGAGCAACUUCUGAAACAGAAGCUGAAAUCUAUGGUUUACAGAAUAUUGAGAAUGAUGAUCUUGAAGAACUGCAUGAGUUAGGAUCUGGAACAUUUGGAACUGUUUAUCACGGAAAGUGGAGGGGAACAGAUGUUGCAAUUAAAAGGAUAAAAAGUAGUUGUUUCUCUGGUAGAUUGUCAGAGCAAGACCGGUUGACUAAAGAUUUUUGGAGAGAGGCACAGAUUCUGUCAACUCUUCACCAUCCAAAUGUUGUGGCAUUUUAUGGGGUAGUUCCAGAUGGUCCAGGUGGAACAUUGGCAACAGUAACAGAAUAUAUGGUGCAUGGGUCACUGAGGAAUGUUCUCAUGAAGAAAGAGAAAGUGCUUGACCGUCGUAAAAGGCUGAUGAUUGCCAUGGAUGCAGCCUUUGGGAUGGAAUAUUUGCACUUGAAAAGGAUUGUUCAUUUUGAUUUGAAGUGUGAUAAUUUACUUGUCAAUCUCGGUGAUCCCGAACGACCUGUAUGUAAGGUUGGAGAUUUUGGCCUAUCCAGAAUUAAACGCAAUACACUUGUUUCUGGUGGUGUCAGAGGAACCCUUCCAUGGAUGGCACCUGAAUUACUGGAUGGUAACAGUUGUAGGGUAUCUGAGAAGGUUGAUAUUUUCUCAUUUGGCAUUGCAAUGUGGGAAAUCUUGACUGGGGAAGAACCAUAUGCUAACAUGCACUGUGGCGCUAUCAUAGGAGGUAUUGUCAAUAAUACGCUCAGGCCUCCAAUUCCGAAAAGAUGUGAUCCUGAGUGGAAAAAGCUGAUGGAAGAGUGCUGGUGUCCUGAUCCCGCAGCCAGGCCAACCUUCACAGAAAUUAAAAAUAGACUUCGCAACAUGUCAGCUGCACUGCCAAAAAAGAGAUAUAACAUUGGUCGUCGAUGAAACUUAUCUUGUAAAAUGAAUGCAAAUACAAAACAAGGAUGAAAAGAAUUGUUCAAGCUGGUUAGCAUUGUUUGUAUAGAAACAGUAGUGUAGAGGUAUAAGCUGAAAAUGAGAAAAAAUCAUUUAUUUAAAUGCUCACUGGUCUACACUUCGUUAUAUUUUCCUUUACUACUAGCCCUUGUGUAUAAGUGACUAGUGACUUAUCCUUAAGCUAUGUUUGGAUAUGUUAGGAUUGGUGGUAGAGGGUGGAAUAGAGAGGGAUAGAGUAGAGGGAGAAGUUAUUCCCAUGUUUGAUUUGUAAAAGUAGGAAUAAAAAACAAUGAAAGAUGAAAUUUCAUUCCAUUUCA